CCGUAUAUCCCAACUAGCAGAUCUUAAUUUUUGGUAUCUUCAAGUCAAUGCUGGUCUUUACAUUUACUGUUGAAAAAACAUCGAGUGAUUCUUUAUUUAUCUGUUCUCUGCUUCUCUAUUACACAAAAUUUCUUUGUCUCUCUCUCUUGUAUUUAGCUUUGAGGUUCCCAUGGACAAGAUUCUUGAAGCCAGGAAAUACUCCUCUCAUGGGGUCUCAGAUGAGAUGCACCAGGAGAUUGUGGGUGAAUUAAGACGUCUUGGCGAUGAGAAUCAGAAGCUCACAGCGAUGAUCAAGCGUAUGUAUAGCGACUAUAAUAGAUUGCUCAUGAAUCAACAGGAAGAUUGUUGCAAUGAAUCUCUGAAAUCAGAAGCAAAGAAUCUGAAAUUAGGGUUAGAUAUAGCAGAGGUAACAAAUGAUGAAGAACUCAACCAGGAGAGUAUGGAUUGUAGCACUGCACUUUCUGAAAGCUCGCAAGAGAAGCAUUCUAAAUCCUCCACGGACAGUCACUGGCUUUCCUCCAAGAAGAGGAAACUGAACCCUGAGUUGGAGCAAAGCGCAAAUGGUGAAGGGAAUUCGUGCAUAGAUGAGGAUUUAGCGAGUGAAAAACCUCAUGCACUGAGCAGGAGACCCGGCCUUCCAGAAGUACAACAGCGAAAGAAAAUCUUGUAUGUCCAGUCAAGAUCAGACACAUCCACGGUUAACGAUGGCUGCCAAUGGCGCAAAUACGGGCAGAAAAUGACAAGGAACAACUCAUGGCCGAGAGCUUAUUACAGAUGUGCGGUUUCCUCUUGUCCAGUUAGAAAAAAAGUACAGAGAUGCAGUGAAAAUCCAAGCAUUUUGAGCACGACUUAUGAAGGAGAGCAUAACCAUUUGCUCAGUCCACUUGCUAUGGCUGCCAUGAACUCUGCUUCUGGCCAUCUCUACCCUCCGCAUAAUACCCUAGGUUUAAGUGGGAGCAAAGAGUUGCCCUUUCCGGCUUCAAUUGCUACCAUCUCAUCAACUGGUUCUUGUCCAUCCAUCACUCUCGACUUCACCGAUGAUCGUAUCCCUCAACCUAACCCUAACCCUAAUCUUGGAUUACACUCACCAGACCCACAAUCACAAACGGGAAGAAUCAUCCAGUCCAAAAGUCCUUCAUAUGGCAGCAAUAUGAAUUGCAGUCAAUUAGGGUUGGAUCCAGUGGCAUUGAUUAAGGCAGAUCCCAAUUUUAAUGCAGCGUUGGCUGCGGCUAUAGCUGCUUCACUUAUCAAAUUGGGUGCACCAUGUUAAGGUAUGAACAGGGUGUGGAAAGACUUCAUUCUGUUUGAUAUUCAAUAUCAUAUUAGGCACAAAAAGUUAUCCCACUGCAUGUACAGUCAUGUACUACAAUUUGUAUUAAAAUGUUUUUCUUAUUUAUAGACAAGAGACAUCACUUACGAAAGUAAAACACCAGUAUGGGAUUGUAGUCUUCUGAAAUGCAAUCCAUUAUUCAUGGAGGAGACUUUGACUUUGUUGGUUUAUGUAAUUUUGUGACAUAGAAUUGUAGUAAUAACCUGCGAGUGACUCUUAUUCAAUUUAAAGGUUUGAAGAAAAUGAAGCCCUGAAUGCUGCAAAUCAGGAGUUGGGCAUGAAAUUCAAGUGAGUGUUUUGGGAACUGUGAAAUCAAAUAUUUAUGUAUAAAAGCAUCUAAAUCAUA